CUCACAAAAUCACAAUCUUUUUUUCAUGAGUCCUUUAUUUCUUAUGAACUUUGUACACACUUUACAAACACCACACAAGCUACAACAUUUAGUGGAAAGCACGAAGCCAUGGCUUUGGAAGCUAUAAGAUAUCAAAACAAAACUUUAGAAAUAUUGGAUCAACUGCUUUUACCUAGCACAUCACAGUACAUUUCUGUUAAGGACGUUGAUGAUGGUUGGAACGUUAUAAACAAGAUGCAGGUUCGUGGAGCUCCUGCAAUAGCUAUUGUGGGAUGCCUAAGUUUAGCCGUUGAGCUUCACAACACAUCUUUUAAUGCUAAAGAGGAUUUAAUGGAGUUCAUAAGGAACAAAUUGAAUUAUUUAGUCACUGCCAGACCCACAGCGGUUAAUAUUAAAAUGGCUGCAGACGAGUUAAAUUUGUUGGCAUAUCAGUUAAAUAAGUGUCCGUCAGUUACAGCAAAUGAUAUGAAAGUUAGCCCACUAUACAUUACAAGUGUGCAUGUUUGUGACACUGUCCGUUCUGUAUUCUGCAGCUUAGUAAUUAGUAUGUCAUUUACCUGAAACCACUUGCGGUAACAGCCUAUUAAUUACCUACUGAAAAUCAAAAAACACUGAAUUAUUACAAAUUGUUGAAUUACAAAAAAUAUGUCAAAGGUAAAUACCAACCUGUUUAUAUUAUUAAUAUAAUCAAAUCCUACAUUUGAUGCAAUAAAAAAAACUUGGUAGGUAGUUGAAUUUAAAAAAACCAAGUUACCUUGGAGUGAAGUUUUGAAAAUUGACCGUUCGGCAUAUGUUUCAUGACUGGGAACACUGCGGAAUCACUGCGUUCUAAGUUUUAUUAUAACUGCGAUAUUUAAUUUUUACUGGACAUCUAAUUUUUGAAAAAAUGACGAACGGACAAGUUUUACUAUGUUGAUAAUACAAUAUUUAACCUAAUGACAUUAAAAUAUAAAUCAAAACUAUUAAAAUACGGUCUAUUCAGUAUAUCUUCCGUUGCACGUCAUUGCCUGAAGAAAACGACGUACCAACGUAAAUUUACUUUCGUUUAUUAAGCAACACAUUAAGCUUGUAGUUUAUUUUGGCCGCAACAAUUGGUAGCAUUUCGCUAUGUUGUCGCGUUUAAAUUGGUAAAUUUGACAGGUUGCUUUUGGUUUACUUUUCGUUUGAUUUGAUUUUGAUUAUUUUCUACGUCUUUCGCUGUGCAUUGGUUUGAAGAGUAAUUACUGAAUA